CUGCCGCCCGGGCCGGGCCGGGCCGCUGGGGCCGCAGCAGCCGCGGGGGCACCGGGGCCGCUCGGGGCCGUUCGGGGCCGGUUCCCGCGGAGCCCCCGGUGGUGGCGGCGGGAGCGAGCGGCGCUCCCGGCUCGGCCGCAGCAGCCCCAUGGCGGCGCAGGAGCCGCCGCGGCCGCCCCCGGGCAGCGCCGAGCCGCUGGAGCCGGAGCCCGGCGGGCGCUACGAGGCCGUGGUACCGCACUGGUUCUACUGCAAGGUCACGGACACGCGGGAGCGCUGGGUGCCGUUCAGCGCGCAGGACUCGGAGCGCCUGGAGGCGGCGCACGGCGCAGGGAAGGAGCAGGCUGGCGUGGUGGUGCCCACCUCGGGGGGCAGGUACGACGUGCACCUGCGGGAGCGGCGGCGCGUGGCCGUGUACUGGGAGGAGGAGGCGGCCGAGGUGCGGCGCUGCACCUGGUUCUACAAGGGGGACAAGGACAACAAGUUCAUUCCCUACUCUGAGGCCUUCAGUGAGGAGCUGGAGGAAGCUUACAUGAUUGCCGUGACCCUGGGUGAGUGGAAGAAGAAGCUGGAGUCCCCCAACAGAGAAGUCAUCAUCCUGCACAACCCAAAGCUGAUGGUUCACUACCACCCCGUGGCCAGCUCUGAUGACUGGGUCUCCACCCCCACGGAGCAAGGCCGGCCCCGCACUGUGAAGAGAGGAGUGGAGAACAUUGCUGUGGAGAUCCCCAAUGGAGAGCCGCUGCAGAUCGAUCACCUGGUGUUCGUGGUGCACGGCAUCGGCCCCGCCUGCGACAUCCGAUUCCGCAGCAUCGUGCAGUGCGUGAAUGAUUUCAGGAACGUGUCCCUCAGCAUGCUGCAGUCCCACUUCAGGAAGGCCCAGGAGCAGCAGCAGGUGGGCAGGGUGGAGUUCCUGCCUGUGAACUGGCACAGCUCCCUGCACUCCACUGGCGUGGAUGUCGACCUGGAGCGGAUCACGCUGCCCAGCAUCAACCGCCUGCGUCACUUCAUCAACGACACCAUCCUGGACGUGUUCUUCUACAACAGCUCCACCUAUUGCCAGACCAUCGUGGACACGGUGGCCUCGGAGAUGAACCGCCUGCACCGGCUCUUCCUGCAGAGGAACCCGCGCUUCAAGGGCGGCGUGUCCAUCGCGGGGCACAGCCUGGGGUCACUCAUUUUGUUUGAUCUCCUGACGAACCAGAAGGCUGAUCCCGAGGAGAAGGAGCUCUGUGUGCAGGUAGGGGAGGCCACUGCCCCCUCCUGCAGCUGCAUGGGGAUGGGGCACAGGAGCAAAGAGGUGAGCACAAAGUGUGAUCCCUCCUGGAUCUGUUCACAGGGGUCCAGGACAACCUCAAGCACGGGGGGUAUUGAGGAGGUAAAAGAAAUCCUGAAGAAGCUGGAGCUGUCUGAGUACUGUGAUGUUUUUGAGAAGGAGAAAAUGGACAGGCAAGCACUGCUCUUGUGCACAGAGAACAACCUGAAAGAAAUGGGAAUUCCCUUAGGGCCCAGAAUGAAAAUACUCCAUUACAUCAGCUCUGAGACAGGGAUGAAGGGUCGGAGCUCAGCAGCUCCUGGGCACAGUGAAGGUGAGGCUGAGCCAGGGUCCCCAUCCCAGCUUGGGGACAGCUCUGAGGAUGGCAGGAGCUGCCAGUACCGGGACGUUGGCCUGGGACAGGUGUCAGCAAACUACCCCCAGCUGAACUACAAGCCCAGCAUCUUCUUUGCCUUUGGCUCUCCCAUCGGGAUGUUCCUCACGGUGCGGGGAGUGAAGCGCAUCGACCCCAACUACAGCCUGCCCACCUGCAAGGGCUUCUUCAACAUCUUCCACCCCUUUGACCCCGUGGCGUAUCGGAUCGAGCCCAUGAUCGUCCCGGAGCUGGAGUUCGAGCCCAUGCUGCUGCCCCACCACAAGGGCAGGAAGAGGAUGCACCUGGAGCUGAAGGAAGGGCUGACCCGCAUGAGCGUGGAUCUGAAGAACAACCUGCUGGGCUCCCUGAGGGUGGCCUGGCAGUCCUUCACCCGCUCCCCCGUGCUUGCCCUGGAGGCUGGGAGCUCUGAGGCUGAGGCAGAGGCAGAGGCUGGCGCUGAGAAGCAGCCAGACACAAGGGCAGAGGAGCCCCCAGCAGCAGUGAAGGAGGAGACCCCUCCCAUCAACGUGGGGAGGCUCAACGGGGGGAACCGCAUCGACUACGUGCUGCAGGAGAAGCCCAUAGAGAGCUUCAACGAGUAUCUGUUUGCACUCCAGGGGCAUCUCUGCUACUGGGAGUCAGAGGACACCGUGCUGCUGGUUCUGAAGGAGAUCUACCAGACACAAGGCAUCACACUGGACCAGCCUUUACCAGGGAGCCAGUGACCCACCUGUGCUCUUCUGGCUGUUCAAUCCCACAGAGCACUCACCAGGAAAGUCCAGAUCUCAUCUCUGCCUUCCUCUCUCCUCUGCUGCCGUGUCCUGCAUGCUGCUUCCUGGAGACAGGAUGGAUUUUCCUCCAUUUUGGCUAGGGGUAGGGGGAAAAACCAUCAAGGAAAAACCACUUCAGCUCCAACACACACACACACCACCUGUACAGUGACUCCCUGUGGCAACGUGUGCUUUCAGCCUGCACCCUGUGAGCCCCCACACCAGCAGACGAGCUGUCCGGGCUCAGAGCCCACACCUGGCUCUGUGAGGACACUCACAGCCUGGGACUUGAGGAGAAAAAGCCUUAAACACAGCGUGGGAAGAGCUGCAGCAGCCUUGGAGCAAGGGAGAUUGCUGAGUGCUAAUACAAAAACACAAAACCCCCCUAGCAGGGCACAGGAGGUGAAACCCAGGGCACAGAGAGCUGCUGAGCCAUGGGGGCUGGCCAGCAUCAUCCCUGCACUGCUGCUGCAUCUCUGGGCACCCCUGCACUGCAGCCAGGCAGGGCUGCCCCUAAAGCACCCUGUGAGAGUGGCAUGCUCGUGCUCCUCCCUGCUGUGGGGUGCUGCUGGAGACAGCUCUGCACCCAAAACCCAGCCCAACCCAGCCCAUUCUGAACACCCAGACCCUCCCCAUGGCCCUAACCCAGCCAGUGCUGCUGGGGACAGCUCUGCACCCCAAACCCAACCCACCCAGACCCUCCCCAGUGCUGCUGGGGACAGCUCUGCACCCAAACCCAGCCCAUCCUGAACACCCAGAGCCUCCCCACAGCCCUGACCCAGCCAGUGCCCUGCUGUCCCUACUCCAAGGAAAGCUUCCCCCCCCCAGCUGGCAGUGCCAGCCCUCUGAGCCCUGCAGGGACACAGAGCAGCGUGAGCAGCAGCUGAGCAUGGAGAUCUGUGCCCUCUCCACGCUCCCAUCCUGGUUUAGCUUUAAAUGUCCAAAAUGCAGCCAGCAAGGUGGAGCACAGACGCAGCAGGGUGUGGGCACUGCAGGAAUGACCCCAGCUCUGUAGGCAGCUCAGUGUGCACUGCCUUGAAGCUCUUUGCUGAGGGGCAGGGCUGGAGAACCUCUGUGAUGCUUCCCUGGGGCUCCAGUGCUGGGUGAGGUGUUGCUGUGCAGCCUUUGGAGAGCCAAACCACUUUUCCCUCCUGCUGACUUUUGCCCUGCAUGGGGUAAGGAGCCUUUUUUCCCCCCACAGAGCCUGUUGGUUUGUUUUUCCUCCAUUGUCUGUUAUUUGCACUAUUGGAAGGGUUUUGUUUGCAGCCUCCAUCCCUCCUCCCCUCCCAAGGAACAGAAGCUGUUCUGUACCUGACUGCAGGAACAGCCAAGCUGCUUGGUCAGCACCUGACUGGCUGAAAUCUCAUGGGAGCAGGAAAAGGGACAGUCUUAACAUGGGACACUAAUGAUCAGCUUUUUAAGUUAUGCACUUUGUUAAAAAAAAAAGGAAGUUAAAUACAUUUUAAAUGUUAUUUAAUGUCUUUUCCAGUAAAAGCCAAAAUAAAUAAGUAGGUGAC